AUGUGGUUCAGUACUUCUAAUUUUCCCGUGUCCGGAAAAGUCGCCUUGAUAAUAGGUGCAUCCCAGGGAAUUGGAGCAGACCUAGCACUUAAGCUCUACGAACGAGAUUGUUCGUGUAUUCUCGUUGCAAGAACGGCCUCCAAACUCAAGCAGCAGAUCGAGAGAAUAGAGAAAAGUGUAGGCAAAAAGGAAAAUACCUCAUUGCUGUAUUUGGCACAUGACGUUUCUGACUACGAUCAAUGUGUAGAACUCUGGGAUCAGAUUGUAGAUUCUCACCAUCAGGAUCCAGACGUUAUUUUCUGUUGUGCUGGAUCUUCAGUACCCAAAUUAUUCAACGAUUUGACUGGAGCCGAGAUCCAGUCUGGGAUAACCACCAACUACAACACCGCCGUAAACGUUGUCCAUGCCGGGUUUAAAAAGGUUUUGGCUACAAAUCCCAAGCUUGCUUUCAACAAACAUAAGCAUAGACAUGUCAUUUUGUUUUCGUCCGUAGCCAGUUUCUACGGCUUCAUUGGCUAUGCCCAGUAUGCGCCCAUGAAAGCUGCGAUUCAAUCUCUUUCCAUAGUGCUUCGUCAGGAAUUGGGACCUUACAACUAUCGAGUUUCAUGUGUCUUUCCUGGCAACUUUAUGUCUGAAGGAUUCGUAGAAGAGCAAAAGACAAAACCAGAGAUAACUAUAACAAUUGAAGGACCAAGUUCUCCUAUUCCAGGUGAAGAAUGUGCCGAACUAAUUAUAAACAAGCUCAGCAAGGGUUACGAUACCGUAACUACGGACUUCAUUGGCUGGUUGUUGGGCUGUUCUGUCUUGGGAGUCUUGCCCAGAACAUGGGGAUUAUUCCAGGUGAUAGUGAGUUUUCUUUUCCUGAUCUUUGCACCUUUGGCUAAUUGGAUUGUAUAUCGAGAUAUCAUCAAGUAUUUCAAGAAGAGACAGCUUGAAAUAGAGUCAGAGGCUGUUGACGAAGACGAAGAAAGCCAUAAGAAGAAGUAG